AUGUUGUUUUUGAGCACAGUCUUUGUGUUGCACAGGCCCAAGCAAUACGGCAGACAAGCAACGACCAGGACAUCCUCUCGCAACGAGUUUGGAGCUCCCUAUCGGAGAGUCACAGAUAUACUGCUCGUCCUUAAUGCUGCUGUCUACGUCGCUCAGCUGGUCAGCAAGGACAAGCUUCUCUUACUGGGAGCUAAGGACAAUCAACUGAUCCGUGCUGGCGAGUGGUGGAGGCUGCUGACGCCAGUAGCACUGCAUGCCAACUUGAUACACCUGCUGACCAACAACUACUCCCUGAACAGCCUGGGCCCUGCUGUGGAGGGCCUGUGCGGCCGCCAGCGCUUUGUGUCCGUGUAUACUGCUUCUGCACUCGUUGGCUCUGUUGCCAGCUACGCCUUCAACCCCAGCCCCUCCGUGGGAGCCUCAGGUGCAAUCUUCGGCCUUGGCGGGGCGUUGGCGGUGUAUGCAGCGCGGCACAGGAAGUUGAUGGGAAGCCGCGGGGAUGCUAUCCUGUCAUCGCUGGGCCAGUCACUGGCUCUCAAUGUCGCCAUCGGCCUCACCACACCCCGCAUCGACCAGUGGGGUCACUUUGGAGGGUUGAUAGGGGGAGCGCUGACAGCGUACCUGCUGGGACCAAACAUUGAGGUGUUCCAAGGCAAGGGAGGCAAAAGGCAGGUCAGGGACAAUCCUCCACUGCCCAUCUUUGCCAGCAAGCUCUGA